CUUCGUAUGAACGGAGACUCCACGACACCGAGCAGCAGUUAUAUACAUGAUGAAAAGUUCGGACGGACGGACAGUGUGUGUGCUGGCCUCAUUUUUAGGUCUGGUCACCACCCUCUUCACCGUCGUCACUGUCCUACAGGUGACGUGGACAUGGCGGUUGCAGUCGCGCUAUGAGGAGAGUCAGCGGCUUGUGCUGGAGCUGCGAGAGCGCUGUGGACAGACCGAAGGACUCCCCGGAAACGCUUUCCUUUCUCAGUUGCUUAACGAGCAUGGUGCGGACGAGGCGACGGAGGAGACGGACGGUGGCCGCGACAGACGCGCUCUCUCCGGAAGUCUUCAACAAAUGCUCACGGAGAUGAUGAUUAAACAGGAGCAAAUUUUAUUGUCCCACUGCUUAAACAACUCAAAGUUGUGCGUACCGGGUCCUAAGGGUGUCCCCGGAUUUAAUGGCGCCCCUGGGACCCCGGGGACGGACGGCCCUCGCGGACCCCAGGGCCUGCCCGGGGACAAAGGAGACAUCGGAUUUCCUGGGGCCAACGGCACUAAGGGUGAUCAAGGAUACAACGGGACAAAGGGUGAUACAGGACUGUCCGGACCCAAAGGAGACGUCGGUCUAAAGGGUGACCCCGGCGCAAUGGGUUUCAAUGGCACUUCCGGAAACCCUGGACCCAAAGGUGACCCCGGACUGAAGGGAGAGAAAGGCGAUAUCGGACUACAAGGACCGGAAGGACCGACAGGGCCGUCGGGAGCAAAGGGCGAAAAGGGAGAUCCCGGUCUGAAGGGGGAGAAGGGAGACCUGGGACCGAGCGGCCCGCCAGGGUCCAACGGCACACAGCUCGACUCCGACUGUGUCUGCAUCAAAACGCCCAAAAUCGACAUAUUUGAUCCCCAAAACUCAACGGUCCUGGUGGAUAUCGGCUCCAACAGAGUCCUCCAUUGCGACUCGAACACCACCUCCCCGGGGACAGCCAUCCAGUGGACGGUACCGCCUACCUCCGCCUGCCUCUAUGGCAACACAAGCAGUCCCUAUCUUGACGUCAACAACAUACAGCCGUCACAGGCCGGCAAUUAUACGUGCACAGUUAGCAAUAAGUUCGGCUCCGCAUCCCGAACAUUCACGGUCGUCACAGAACCCGAUCCGUUGGACUGCAACUUCGAUGCGGCGACGUUGUGUAACUGGUCAACGAACAAGACAAGCCUAGGAACUUGGUCUGCGCACAAAGGGCCAACCAAUACCGGAAGUACCGGCCCCGAUACGGACCACACGACCGGAACCUCCAGUGGUUAUUACGUGUACGUGGAGACGAGUUUCGACAAGGUUGGGGACAAGGGCCAUCUUAUCUCUCCGCAAUUGCCGCCCUCUGUCCAGCCCGCCUGUGUGGCCUUCUGGUACAACAUGCAUGGCGCACAGAUCGGCUCCCUCAAACUGGAGAUCAUGGAGGAAUCUGAGAACCCUGUAGACCACACGUGCAGCGGUCAGGAACGCGUGCUAAUCACGAUUCCUGGCGACCAGGGUUCCACGUGGCACCUCGCCCAGAUCACUGUCCGUCCGUCUGCGCAGCCCCAUCGCCUCGUGUUCACGUCGGUACAUGGGGAUGGUAACCUUGGGGACAUUGCUCUCGACGACAUAAAGUACACACAGGGGCAAUGUCAAUCGAGUCUGCAGCUGCAGGGCCCGAAUCCCAACGACUUGAAUAUUGGCGCCAAUAAACCCCUCGACCUUACGUGCGCCAUUUCCGGCCAACCAAGCACCGUUUACAGCUGGACCAAGGUGGGGUCCUGUGGCGCUAGCCUUGCCGCUAACGGCGCGAAGCUGCAUGUGGCCGACCACGUGACGUCUGCAGACGCGGGGACGUACGUGUGCACGGCGCAGGACGGCGGCUCAUCACUCACACAGACCUUUCAUGUCACCGUCAACAACACUGGCUAUGAGGACAAAUGCACGUUCGAGCAGGGCCUUCUGUGCGGCUGGCGACAGGACACCAACGACACACAAGGGUUUGAUUGGACAUUCCAGGCCGGAACCACGCAGUCCCAGGACACCGGCCCUCUCGCUGACCACACAUACGGUACCGCCAAUGGUAAUUACAUCUACAUCGAGGCAUCCUCCCCGCGCGUGGCGGGGGAUAAGGCGACACUUUUGUCUCACACACUUCCGGCCAACUCGACCAAGUGCUUGAACUUCUGGUACAACAUGUUCGGGGACGGAAUCGGCGACCUGAUAAUCGACGUCAAGGAUCUGUGCACGGGCGCCACGAAGACCCUGUUCAACGUGUCGGGCAACAAGGACCAGAAGUGGCUGGAGGCGACCAUGGGGAUACCAGCGUCCAGCGUUCCGCACGAUUACCAGAUCCGGGUUUCAGCUACCGUAGGGCCCACCUUCCAUGGCGACCUGGCGCUCGACGACCUAUUCAUCCAGGACACGAGCUGUGCCGCAUCUAAGAUGGACUGCGACUUCAGCGUUGACCUGUGUGGAUGGAGCCAGUCCAAAGUGGAUGAUUUUGAUUGGACAAGAUCUCGGAGCACCACCAGCUCCAGCAAUACUGGGCCCAACGGCGAUCACACGGAUGCACAGGGAGGCGGCUAUUAUCUGUAUACAGAAGGUUCAUCCCCCCAGCAGGUUGGCCAGACGGCGGACCUCGUCUCUCCAGAGCUGCCUGCCGGCACGGAUUUCUGCCUCCACAUAUACACAAACAUGUUCGGGGCGACCAUGGGCUCCAUUGCCGUCCUUGGACAGAGAAGCGGUGACAGCAGCCCGAGCCAGUCGUUUGCACGGUUCACCCAGGCGACAGCCACACCAGCGUGGGAAGAGCACAAUAUCAACAUUCCCGCACAGCCAUCUAACUUUAACGUAGUCGUUCGGGGCAUCAUCGGCUCCGGCUUCGCCAGUGACGCUGCCAUCGAUGACCUUAGCAUUCAUUCAGGGCCCUGCUAGUCGCUGAACAAUUCUACGUGUUCUAUACUUAUAUAACUCUGUAAAAUUGCUUUAUUUACUGAAUUGUUACUUGA